GUGUUACCAACUCAGCUCCCAUCAGACUUGUGAGCGGCCCCAGCCGCUGCGCGGGGCGGCUCGAGGUGCUUUGGAAACAGCAGUGGGGAACCGUGUGUGAUGAUAGCUGGGAUCUGUCCGAUGCCAUGGUCGUAUGCAGGCAGUUGGACUGUGGAGAAGCACUGUCAGCCCCUGGCUCGGCUCACUUUGGUCAAGGAACUGGUCGUAUCUGGCUGGAUGACGUGAACUGCACCGGUACAGAAGCUGACCUUUCUGCCUGCAGGACCAGACCCUGGGGAAAGCAUAACUGUAAUCAUGAAGAAGACGCAGGCGUUGUGUGCUCAGAAAUUAAAAAAACAGUUAAGCUGCAAUUAGUGAAUGGUUCAAGUCGUUGUGCUGGGAGAGUGGAGGUGCUUUAUGGCCAGCAAUGGGGAACUGUCUGUGAUGACAACUGGGAUAUAAUUGAUGCUGAAGUUGUAUGCCGGCAGCUGGGCUGCGGGACCGCUCUAUCUGCUCCUUCCUCAGCUUACUUUGGGGGAGGGCCUGACCCCAUUUGGCUUGAUGAUGUGAACUGCAAAGGAACGGAAGCUGCCCUCUCAGAAUGCAGUGCAAAAGCUUGGGGAAGCCAUAACUGUGUGCAUGGAGAAGAUGCUGGUGUGGUGUGCUCAG